AAACACGCGGCUGUGCAGUUGUGUCUGGAGACUCUUUGAGCGUCUGGAGACUCUUUGAGCAGCUGUUUGUGCUGAAGCUUAUCAUGAUGGUCAUCCAGCUUUUCCUCCUCACACUUAUAUCAGGUGUGCAUCCCCAGACAAUCAAAGAGAUUCACAGACAGGCGGGUGAGAUUGUGGCUCUGUACUGUGACUUGGAAAAUAGAGAUGCCGAAAUCCUGUGGAAAUGGGACAACAACCAGAGCGUGAUCCUGUACAACAACAUGUCGUCAGCUGAGCAGAUGCAGAUCGGUGUUGUGCUUCAUAGGGAGAGCCUCGUGAUCCUCAAUGCCUCUGUAAACCAUCAGGGGAAAUACGCGUGCUCUGUCGGGAAUAGCAGCCGCUGGUACUGGUUCAGCCUGACGGUACACGCUCACUUCAGAAUGUAUGACGAUCAAAGAUGUUAUACACCGGCAGCAUGCCAGCUGGAUUGCCCUAGCGAUAUCCCUGCGAAGAAUUUUAGCAACUGCAGGACCACAUGGCACAAGGGACCAAAAUAUGGCUACUUCGAAAGUGUGAAAAAGGAACACAGCGGCAACUACACCUGCACCCAGUCUUGCCCAUAUCGUGGUCAAAUGUAUAAUGUGACAUUUGGAGUGAGACUUGAGGUCAAACAAAGUGAUAAUCGGAGGACUGCAGAGAUCCUAAAACCACGCGAGACUACGUUUGAAGUAGAGCUGGGCUCACCAAAGGUAAUUGAUUGUGAAGCUCUCACCUCGUGCUCUGAGUCAGACCUGUACUGGAUCUCAAGCGAUGGCUUUGUGGACAAAAAACGCUCCUCACGAAUUUUCUACAAUGAGACAUGCGAUGAAAGCAGCAAAGAAAACAAGAGGACAGCGUCUCUGUUCUUCACAGAAGUUAAGGAAGAGGAUCUGUCAAAAAAUUACACCUGCAAACUGGACCAUUUCGGCCAGAGAACAGGCUUUGUCACCAUUACGCUGACCCAAAAAGCGCGCCCUUCGCACAUUUCCCUGGCUGUAUGCACCGUUGUCCUCACAGUGCUGUCAGCUGUGAUGGUAUUUGUCUGUGUGAAGUUUAAAGUGGACAUCAGGCUUUUCCUAAGAGACACUCUUGGUUGCCAUAGCAGUACCUCAGAUGGAAAAAGCUAUGACGCCUUUUUGAUGUGUUACGAGAGUGACACAGACAAAGGGUUUAAUGCUCACGACAGAAAAAUGCUGGAGAGUGUUUUGGAGCAGCGAUUUGGUUACAGUCUCUGUCUAUAUGAUCGUGACGUCUUACCAGGAAGAGCUGUAGCACAAGUGGUGCUGGACUGCAUCGAGCAGAGCCGGACGGUGGUUUUGGUUCCCGCAUCUCCAGAUCCUGGUCCGGGAUCGGGCCUGCUGAGUGCCAUCCAUGAAGCCCUCGUAGAGAGGCAGACUCGCUUGAUUUUCAUCAACACUGAGACACCUGAAGUGUGGAAAUCGGGUUCUUUGCCAAAAGCUUUGCAGCUUCUUAGCGAGUCUGGAAACCACGUUGCCUGGAAGGGCAUGAGCUCCAUGCCGCCCUCCUCCUCCUUCUGGAAGCAGCUUCGAUAUCACCUUCCUGCUCCUCAGCGUGCACCAAAAAUCCAGCUUUUACCACAGACAAUCCAGGAUGUUAACUCAAAGUGGAAAAGUCAGAAUUAAUAGCUCAUAUCACACCUGUUCCAAAAAUCAUUGCUACAUAUACAGUGCAUUAAAACUACAUUUUAGGCAGUGACAUCUGCUGACACACUGACCAUCAACUGCUUGUUAUUCCACAUCUGUAAUAGAGAAUUCAUACUGGCUGUGUUCAUUUUUAACAUUAAGUCUCAUUUUUGUCUGUAAUAUCGUGUAUUCUUAAUGAUGUGUUCCAUCUGUUCUUUCAACUGUUCUUGUCAGCUGCAAACAUCUGCAAUAUUUGAAGAAAUUUCAUGUAAAAAUGUGCUUAAAGUUAUUUCUUAAAAUAUAUACAUCACUCCAAGCAGUCUAAUGUCAGUAUAGCAGAGGUGGGCAGCAGCACAUGAAUUAAAAUCUGUUAUAUUUCAGUAUAUUUCGUCGUAUCUGGACUUUUCUCAUUUGCAGCGCGUUUUAUUUCCUUCUGCUUCAUCCAUCCUCAUCUUCCAUUGCAUCUAGUGUAUGUAUGCUUCAUAAAAUGAGACGCUGUAGUGCCUUAGGGCAAAAUAAAACUGUACUUCAAAACAAUUUAUAUCUGUAUCUCAGUAUUUCAGUAUUAAAACCUAAAAAAAACUCUAA